AUGACACCCAACGACUCAUUUCCGUAUUCCCAUGCCAGAACACAUUCAACUUCUCAACCUCUAAAACAAAGUUCGUCUACUCCAGGCGUCUUUCCAUAUCAUGCAGAGUCUCUUCCACCACAUCUGAUGAAUUUCAGUACAACCUCUUCGCAACAUCCUAUACAACACGUAGCGGCAAAUCGUUCAUUACACCCCGCAGAGUGGUCAAGUCCUUCACAAUUACUCGAUUCAAAUGGCUAUCUUUCUCCAAAGGCAGUAGUGAACUCUUCCACAGUUUCUAUCGGUUCUCCUCCUCCUGGUCGCAUCUAUGCUCCUCCGUCUAUGGACCAAACCCAACGUCCUGCAGAAAAAAGACAAGUUAUAGAACCGAUCAACAAUACCGUACCGCUGGUAUCUGCUCCCCCUAAUCCUCCUAUCUCUGACUCUCAAAGUAGUGCUACCUAUGCACCUCCGUUUACUCCUUUUAAGAGUCGUUCCAUAAAUUAUGGUCCCCCUUCCGCGGGACUACCAGAACAGUAUUCUGUGACGCCGAGUACAGAUACUUUCACAAACUCACCUCAACUAUCCCACAGCUAUCAUAACUCCCACCCUGGACCGUAUUAUACUCAACAUAACAAUGCUACGCAAAAUUCAGCAUCUGGAAACUUUAACUUUGAAGAAUCAGAUGCCGCUUUUUCUUCUCAAACUUCCAUGAACAUGGGUCUGGGAGAUUUUUCUUCGACUUCACGAAUGAUCAAUACCCCAGAAACAGCUGGGCAACAGGAUUACGUAGACAUUUACUCUUCACCAUCCGUAUUCAGUCCUGAUCAUCGGUUUGUCGACGAUGUACCCAAAGGGAACUUAUAUAUGUCGUCUCGUCAAAGUACUUCUACUUCACAGAGUGAACAGCCAUCUGUCCUGCAUGUGUCCCCUUCGCACGUGUGUAAUGGCGAUGAAUACAAGGCGUCUUCUUUGUCGGAUGCCUUUGACUCAAACAACAUAUACAAAGAUGGUGACAAAUUUCUUCCGUCUCCCACUUUAGGAAAAGUGAAAGAAGAAGAUUACAUAAAUGAUUUUGACACUUCAAACUUAAAUAGAAAUGAAUCUUCUUCGAAUUCAGAUGCACCUAUCCAAGAAAAAAGCCAAGAUCUUGGAAACGCACGCUCUUCUCCGUUGAAGUUCAGCGUAGAACAAAUUAGAAACGAAGGUGUGUCACCUACACAAUCCCGUUAUAGAGUGUUCGGUCAAUCAAAUAAAAAGAAUUCUCACAAUGUGGUAGAGAAAAAAUACAGGUCUAACCUUAAUGAUAAAAUUACAGAACUACGAAAUGCAAUUCCGUCGCUACAGAGCAUGUGUUCUAAGAUUGGAUCAAAGUCUGACGAUGGUAAAAAUGUUAGCUUUAAUAUGUCUAUCAGAAAACUUAACAAAGCUACUGUUCUUUCGAAAGCUACCGAAUAUAUUCGACAUCUGCGUUCUGAGAAUAAAAGGUUGGUGGAGGAAAAUCAACACCUUCAAAGUCGUCUGUCUGAAUAUAUGAUGGCUGUCCAACAGUCGCUUUCUGCUCCUUCUCAGUCACUUCCUUUGCAUAAUUCAAACAAGUACUCUCAACAGAGUACAAUGAAUUCUGUUAACUCCAACGGACAACCGAUUUCAGCUACCAAUAAUCAAUCAUUACCUCAAUAUGCGUAUGCGCCAGCACCAUCCAACACUCUCAACGUUUCGCUGGCUGGCAACACUGCACAGCGUGAUACUUAUGGAUUGGUUGACAACAAUGCAUAUGUUCUUCAUAGGGACGGUAUGAAUACUGUGCCCGAAACCGGCAUUCCAUCUCAUGAUUUGAGGCGGGUGCAGUCACAAAAUCUAAAUGAGUCUCAUAGUAAUGGUACUUUUCGCUCGGUUGGUAGAAACAUGUUAGGCGGCUUAGCUGGCUUAGAAACAAUGCAUUUGAUGGUAAAUCCCGAACAUAGCGGUAACCCAAAUUCUUUCUCUUUAUUUACGGUACCCAUUCUCCCUUCAAUUUUUAUGACAUUUAGGAUUUUCUUAAUAGCUUCGGCAUGCAUAUGCUUCGUUUUGCACUACGUAUAUAAUUCCAAAGUGAGUUCUGGCAAACGAUUGUCUAUUGUGUACAGGCAUCUAAGAAUGGAAAUUCUAUUUUUGAGCUUCCUGUUUUUCUCUGCCUCCGUUCGCGACUGGUGCAGAUAUUACAGAAUGCGAAAAGAUAUGUUUGAAAGCUUGGAUAUGGGGUCUGGAGUUCUUCAAAAAUCGCAUGUUGGGGACUUUAGCGUUUGA